AUGGCUGCGAUGAACCUUAUAUCCGAUUUGAAACCAUUCAAGUCUAUGUGGAAAGUUAAGGUGAAGAUCAUCCGUUUAUGGAACCAGUAUUCUGCCGCUGGUGGUGAAACCAUUGAGAUAGUCUUCGUGGAUGCCAGAGGAGACAAGAUACAUGGAACUGUAAAGAAAGAAGAAGUUGGUCAAUUCAGAGAUUUGCUGAAGCAGGGUCAAACCAAAGUUCUCAUCAAUUUCACGGUGACUAAUACCGGCGGUUCUUAUCGCUCAACGAAGCAUCUAUACAAGGUUGUUUUCCUACCGACGACCCGUGUCCGUAUAUGUGAGGUGUUGCCCAAUAAUCUGACUGGAAUGGAUCCGGUCAACUAUCGUGAUGUGCUGGAUGGAACUCUUAAUGAUGAUUUCUUGGUUGAUGUGAUCGGGCAAAUUGUGGAGGUGUCUCAUAUGGAGGCCGUAUCAGUGAACGGCAAGGACACUCAUAAGAUUACCUUGGAACUACGCAAUCACAAGGAUGAACGUCUACCUUUGGUUUUAUGGGGCAAGUUUGCGGAGGAGAUAAGUAAUGCUGUCCAGAUGGAAGAAGAGCGUAGCAUCUCCAAUGCAUACAAUGUUUCUGACGUCGCGCUAAAUCCUCAUAUGGAUGAGGUCGAAGCCUUUAUGCGUCUGUUGCCAAAAGAUGAUUUGUCACUUACUAUUGUUGAGCCUAAACCUCUCGCUUUGGUUUCCGGUGUGUCUGAAAGGGAUGACUUCUUUGUUCGUACCCCUCGGAAAACUAUUGCUGAGGUGUUGGAGUCCAAACAUGUUGGGAACUGUAUUGUGAUGGCUUCCAUUGCUGCCAUUGAUUCCGACAUGGGGUGGUAUUACCUUAGUUGCAAGGUAUGUGCCAAAAAGGUCUGGACAGUGCCUAAUGAUACUAUCGAUGAUGAAGAUAAGGACUAUAUUGAGACAGUCAAGUAUUACUGCCCCAAAUACAAAACUUACAGUCCCAAACUCUUACCAAGAUACAAUUUGCAUGUUGUUGUCCUUGACAAUACUGCUAAUUGCAAGUUGCUCAUGUUUGAUAAUCUUGCACAACAACUUUUGCACCGGCCAUGCAUUGAACUCACUGGUCCGAUAAACAAUGAGGAUCCUGACGAGGUGCCUCCCAGUCUUACUGAUCUGGUGGGAAAAACUUUUCUAUUCAAGAUUGGUAUCGAGAAAGAGAAUUUUACUUACAAACAAGACACCUUCAAGGUCCUCAAGAUUGUUACCAACCUUGUAAUGAUUAAUGAAUUUGAUUCCACCGACUCGGCUAUGGGAAGUGAGAACACAUUUGGUGGGUCGUUUUCUGCUCUUUCCGAUGCACCUGAGGGGUCUCUGAUGUGUAAUGGUGGUUCGUCUUGCAAAUCCGAGUCUUCCGAUUUUACUCCCGCCAAGCGCAUUGGAACACCCAUCAUUACUUUGGACGACACAGUUGAUCAGAACUCUGUUACAAGAGUAGCGUGCAGUAAAAAGGUGAAGAAGGAGAAGAACGAAUUCAGUGGCUAG